AUGGAAAUACGAAGCAGAGGAACGAACACCUCCUUCGGAAAGCACCAAUCUUCAAGCCCCUUCAUCUCCUCUCACGUAUCUCGAGGCCGUGUUCUCUCCUCCUCUUCCGACUCCUCCGCCGCCGCCGCUCGCCUCCCAUGGAGCUCUUGGAAGAGCCCUGGAUCUUCAGGAUUGUUUGGGUUUUUCGGAUCCCCGAAUGUGUCGAAGUGGGUGUUGACGAGAACUCGGUUCUCGGUUUCCCUUGAUAGCGUCGUGGAUCAAGGGCUUCAGUCUUUGAGGGCAUCGUUGCAGCGACGAAGCUUCGACCCCCGGAGGCUCUUCUCUUCUCCCUGGAGUUUCUGGGGCUAUGCGCUACCAACCCCUGAGGGAGCAGUUUUGAGCUUGAUUGGAGCUAAUGUUGCUGUUUUUUUCUUAUGGAGAAUUGCAGACCCGACAUUUAUGAGGAAACAUUUUAUGAUUUCACUGGAUAAUUUCAAAAGUGGGCGAUGGCACACAUUGAUCACAAGUGCAUUCAGCCAUGCGGAUCUUGACCACCUUGUCACAAACAUGAUUGGUCUCUACUUCUUUGGCUCCCAGAUUUCAAGGCUGUUUGGGCCUGAAUUUCUACUGAAAUUGUACUUAGCAGGAGCACUGGGUGGAUCAAUAUUCUUCUUGGUACAUGGAGCCAUAACUGCUUCAUCAUCCGAGAGCUUGCAAAGAUGGCAUAGUUCAAGAAUUGCCGGCCUGGGGGCUAGUGCAGCUGUUAAUUCAAUCAUUCUGCUUGAUAUAUUUCUUUUUCCAAAGAACAUAUACUAUGUAAACCUCAUCAUACCUGUUCCUGCAAUGUUAAUGGGAGCAAUACUGAUUGGAAGUGAUUUAUGGAGGAUUAAGAAGGGAGAUGAACACAUAUCAGGAUCAGCUCAUCUAGGGGGUGCUGUGGUUGCUGCUCUUGUGUUUGCUAGAUUGAAGCAUUGGAUCUGAUUGGAAACAAAGUUUAAUACUCUUCAUGUUUAGCAUCUUUCAUGCUUUGAUUAAGUGAAUUUUCUUUUAACCAAUUCAUUUGUUAACAAUAACUGUUACAGAUUAGUCUCAUAGCUCAUCUGUAAAAACACUUGAAAAUAAGCAUAACUAUAGAUCUUUUCU